UCAACACAAUCAUUAUGGAUAGAAGACUAGUAGAAUUCAACACAAAAUAUAAAUUGAAAUUUAGUCGUUAAAUGUAAAGGCAGCGGUUGAAAACCUCAAAAUUUAGUUUGAAAAUUUUUGCGGAAAUUUUAGAUUUAAAUUUGUCUUAAAAUAGAAAAACCAAAGAGUGUAAAGCGCGUUUAGGUCUGUUAUAGAAACUGAAAACGUGUUGGCAUUCGAAAUUGGAAAUUUCCCAUUUAAAUUCAAAUCAAAAUUGUUGGUUUUGAAAUGUCUAUAAAGAUUGUGGCUUUAUGUGUGUGUAUUUUGAUCUUAAGUAGUCCUGUUAGUGAGGGCAGACGUGGUCGUGGCAGAGGUCGCACCAAGUCAAGAGUGCAAAUUGGUUUGCCCAUAACAGGGAAAUAUCGGGAUCCAGAAUCUGAUCAGUAUUAUAAUAACAAUAAUGGUGCCAAAAUCUUACAGGCUUCUCAUUUUGAUUAUGAAUAUGUUUUGGGUCAUAAAAUUGCUUUCCUGUGUGUGGCCAAAGGUAAUCCUAGACCUCACAUCACCUGGUAUAAAGAUGGCACUGAAAUCUUUCAACAUCUCUACAUGCAUGUCCACGAAUGGCGCAUUGGCGAUGAUCGUGUUAAGUCAAAAAUUGAAAUAGAUCCUGCCACCCAAAUGGAUGCUGGGUUUAUAUGAAUGUACUGCUGAUAAUAUGUAUUCCAUUGAUCGUCGCAGUUUUAAAACAGAUUUUUCAAUUGCUUUCGAUUAAAACGUUUGCGGUUUUUUUCGUCGUGCUCAAUUUGUCAGAAAAUUGUAUGCCAUAUAGAAGAGGAGAAAUGUUUUAAAUAUAAAUGGCAGAGUACAAAGUCCAAGUUGAUUUUCUUUUUUUAAUAUUAAUAUUAUUUAACAUUUUGUAAAUUUUCAACCGUAAUAAUAAAAAAAAAUUUAAGAAAU